AUGUCCUUGACAGUUAAGCAUCUAAACAAUGAUGCAUCAUUCCUCCUGACCUUCUCGCCCAUCUCCCCUUUUCCUCCAUCUCCAGGCGGACCUGGACGACAUGAAAGCUCCUUCACUAUCCUCCUCGAUCCAUGGAUAUCCGGUCCUUCUAAAAUCUUCCACCACAAAUUCUCAAUAUCUCAUCUCAAUUCACCCUCAUGCAUAUCUUCUCUCACCGAACUCCCAGAACCAGAUCUGGUGAUAAUAAGUCAAGAUAAAACCGAUCACUGUCACGAAGAAACUCUCAAACAACUCUCUCCAGAUGGAAGCAAGACAUUAUUCCUUGCAGAACCCGGAGCCGCAAAGACGAUCAAACGGUGGAAAUAUUUCUCUCCCUCGAAAGUCGUCCCUCUUAAACGCUGGGAAGAUUCUCGUCUGCGUCGCCCUGACAGUAUCCUUCGAUUUCCCGUACCUCCCCUAUCUCACAAUGGGGUCGCGGGCGAAGUGACUAUUGCAUUUCUCCCUCAAAAGAACGAUCUUACAGGACUGCACAAUGCAAUUGGGAUAACAUAUCGACCACCCACCCUCUCAAAAUCCUUCUCCCAUCCAGAUGAAAACGCAUAUGCUACACCACCCUCCUCACCCAACUCCAUCGCCUCUACCCUCUCUAACCCUAACGAGCGCGCGCUCUCUGUCAUCUUCUCUCCGCACGGCUGUACAUACAACACCCUCGCUCCCUACGCAUCCUCGCAUCUCGUCUCGGAAGCGGCUCUCCCUCUCACAUCUCUCCUCCACCCCUUCGAUCGUAUCUCAAACCCUUGGUACCUGGGCGGAAACAUCAUAUCCGGUUUCCCCGGCGGCGUAUCGAUUGCGCAAAAUCUCUGCGCCAAAACGUGGAUUUCCGCCCACGAUGGCGAUAAGACGAGCACUGGGAUGGCGACGUGGAGUCUGAAGAGUGAGAAGUGGGAGAAGGAAGAUGUGGAGAGUGUGGUGUCGCCAAGGAGUGAGAAGUUUAAUGAGAAGAAGGGGAUGGGUACAGAGGUUUUAGUGUUGGGGAGUGGAGAGGCCGUGAGGUUGGUGCAUGGAGGUGAUGUUUUUGGGAUGGGAGUCAGGAUUGAGAGGGUGGAUGGGGAGGGUGAUGGUAAUGAUAACUGUGAUGAGAGGAUACAGGAAAUUGGGACGAAAGAUAUUAGGGAAGUGUGUUGA